AGGGUGUGUACAUAGCCUGGUUCCCUAUACAUGAUAACAUUCUAACCACUUACCACGAGUAUCCUAAAGUUAACAUGUUAACAGCCUCUUGUUUGCAAUGAUAUGACUGAUUCCCCAGGGGGUUACUCGAUCCCGUUUUGGAUAGGUACGUGCCAGCAGCGGUCUAAAUCCCUGACCCUGUUUAAGACACUAAAAUUCUCCAUAUUGUUCUUCAUGUACUCAGUAACUAACAAUACAGUCAUGAUAAGGCUAUAAAAUCCUUCAUUCAAUAAAACAACCUUCACUUCAUGUAGAGAAGCAAAUAGUAAGGAGAUCUUUGCGUUGAAGGUUGUACUGAUCAUUGAUCCAUGCUCCAGAACUCCAGUCCAUAUUCCCAUAAUCCUUUUCGGUUGGCGCGCGUUGCUUCUAGUAUCUGAGCGAUCCUGAAGACAAGACGAAAGGAAAGUUGCAUGACAGGUACUGCCUAAAAUAAAAAUGAGCACUCCAACAAAUUCCAGCAGUAGUGGUGAUCCAAGUAGCCACUCUUCGCAAAGUCAAACAACGCAGUCCUCGACUUUGGACACCGUUUCUACGCAAGAUGUUGUUGAUGGCAUGUCAGACGGUGAAGAGCAGCAUGUCAAUCCUGCUUGGGGUAGGCUUUUUCCUCUUGGACCAGGAUUCAAAGUUGUGGAGCUUAUAGAGGAUGAUUAUACAUUUGGCCGUGGGACAUCCAAUAAAUAUCAGUUUGAUGCUAGAGAUUUUCGAUCCAACUCCCAUUACCAAGCCCUAAGUACUAAUCAUUAUAAAUUAUAUAGAGAGAAAGAUAGCAGUGGGUGCUAUAACUCAUUUAUUACUGAUUUAAGCUCAAAUGGUACUUUUAUUAAUUCAGAAAAAAUUGGAAGAAGUAAGACACAUGUCUUAAAUAAUAAUGAUGAGAUAAGUCUAUCUGUAGCAAAGAACAAAGCUUACAUUUUUCAAGAAUUUGGCAAAGUUGCAGAAGAGCAGAAAAAUCUACCAGAUGAUUUCAAAGCCAAGUACACACUUUCUAAAAUUAUUGGAAGAGGAGCAUGCGGAGAGGUGCAUCUGUGCUUCACCAAAGGAACCUGUGAAAGAUUUGCUGUUAAGAUAAUCAACAAGAAACAGUUUUCUGUUACCAAUAAAUCGAAUAAAGAUGAAGUUGAAAUCCUAAAGUCUUUAGACCAUCCAACAGUGAUCAGCAUAAAGGACGUCUUUGAGUCUGAAGAGAAAGUCUACAUUGUACUUGAACUGGUCGAAGGGGGUGAAUUGUUUGACAGAGUCAAGAAAGAAAGACAACUUGAAGAAUCAUCAGCUAAACUACUAUUUUAUCAAAUGCUUACAUCUGUCAAAUAUUUACAUGAUAAAGGCAUCACACAUAGAGAUUUGAAGGCAGAGAAUGUCCUUUUGGUAUCAGACAAAAGCGAUACAUUGAUUAAGAUAGCAGACUUUGGUUUAUCCAAGAUUGUUGGGGAACAGAGUCUCAUGAAGACAUUAUGUGGAACACCAGAAUACCUUGCCCCAGAAGUCCUGAUGUCUGUUGGAAGAGGUAGCUAUUCACAGGCUGUGGAUUGUUGGAGCCUUGGUGUGCUGCUAUUUGUGUGUCUUGGGGGCUACCCACCAUUCAGUGAAGAGUUCAAACCUCUUACAAGGGAACAGAGGAUUAAGAAAGGUCUUUACAAGUUUUUAAGUCCUUAUUGGGAUAAAGUCAGCAGUGAUGCUAAAGAUUUAGUCAAAAAGUUGCUGACAGUAGAUCCAUCAAAACGAUCAACAGUAGAAGAAGCCCUGCAACAUCCAUGGAUGCAGGAUGAAGAGAUGAUUGCAAAAGCAAACAAGAUAAUGUACCCACAAAAAGAUAUGGGUCCACCAUGCCAGGGUCCAUCCCCCAAAAAGAGGAAGGUGGCUGAAUAAUGAAUUGCUGCAAAAAGUAUGUACUGCAAGAAUUCCAAUGGAAUAGAUACUUCAGCCAUUAUUACUUCAAAAGUAAUUUUAUCAACAUAGAAGAGGCCAUSAAGCUGCCAAUUUUUGUCUGGCAAAGCCGAGAUAAUCAUUCAUGGCUGGUUUUAACACAAUUGUCUGAAAUAAAUAGAAUGAAUUUUAAA